AUGGCUGACGAUAACCAAGAAGCGCAACAGCAAAAGUACAAGAAGCAACAGCAGCAACAAGGCCAACAGCAGCAGCCAAAUUCACAGCAAGGACAGCAACAACAGCAGCAAGACCAGCAACAAUAUUAUGCACAAAUGCAGUAUGAGCAAUCCCUUCAAAACGAUAGCCACUCUGUCAUUUUGGUCACUGCUGGAUACGAUAAUACAGUGAGAUUCUGGGAAGCGCUUAGUGGCAUCUGUUCAAAGACAAUCAAACAUCCCGACUCACAAGUAAAUAGACUCUGUAUCUCGCCCGACAAGACCAUACUCGCUGCAGCAGGAAACCAUUCUGUGCGCUUAUACGACAUUGCAAGCAACAACGAUAGCCCAUUUAUUGUAUUUGGAGAGCACACAGGCAAUGUGAUUGCUACUGGAUUUCACGGCGAAGGACGCUGGAUGUUUACAGCCAGUGAGGAUGGGCAUUUGAAGAUUUGGGACACUAGAUCAGGUCGCAAUCCAGUUCUCACUCGUAACUUUGAUAAUGGAGCACCCAUCACUGAUGCUGUCAUGCAUGCAAACCAAGGUGAAUUGAUUACCUGUGAUCAGAAUGGCGCUGUCAAAAUUUGGGAUUUAACGGCCCAUUCAUGUACGCAUGAAUUGGUGCCUGAAGAAGGCGUGCCCAUGAGAUCAGUUACUGUUGCCUCUGAUGGCUCCAUGUUGAUCGCUGUCAACAACAAGGGCAACUGCUACGUGUGGAAGCUCUCCAACGGCCCCGAUUCAAAUGAAGUAGAGCCCAUCCAUCAAUUCCAAGCACACAACAACUACAUUUUGAGGGUCAUGUUGAGCCCUGAUACCAAGCUUUUAGCUACUUGCUCGGCAGAUAAUACAGCCAAGAUCUGGAACACAGAAAAGAAUUUCGAAUUGUUAUUGACACUGCAAGGACAUCAACGAUGGGUGUGGGAUUGCGCGUUUUCAGCAGACUCGGCCUAUCUAGUGACAGCCUCCUCUGAUCAUGUUGCAAGGUUGUGGGAGCUUCAGAACGGAGAGACGAUCAGACAAUACAACGGCCAUCACAAAGCAGCAGUCUGUGUUGCAUUGAACGAUCUUUCCGUGGCGUAUUCAUAA